ACAACUCACUCUACCAGGCAGACUGGUUGACAGUAAACACUAUCUUUCUUGCAGCUAUGUAACACACAUACACAAGCAGCUGCUCUUAGAGGACUGAACAAUUCCGGCUUUUACUUUCUUAACUUCUUAGUGGACUACUUCACAUCUGGCAAUAUUGGCUCUACUUUUCAUCUAAAAUGUGUAAACAUCUGAGUCAUUUUUAGUGCCUAAUGAGAGAAGGCUGUUGUGUUUACCAGAGUGAGGGGAUGUGGAGGAGACUGGCUCAGAUCCUGGCCCUGCUGCUCUGCAUUCUGGGAUGGGUCUUUGUAGCCUUCACUCUGGCUAUGGACCGCUGGAGGGUGGCCCAGGUGGGGGGUCGGGGGGGCUCCUCUGUGGUGGAGGCAGCCUGGUUCUGGUCUGACCUGUGGAAGGACUGCUAUGAAGACUCCACCGCUCAAGUCAACUGUGUGGACUUCCGGGUUCUGUGGACAGUCAAAACACACAUCCAGGCAGUGAGGGGCCUCCUGAUGGUCGGCCUGUUCCUCGGUUGCAUUGGCACAGUGCUCACCUUUUUUGGAUUGGAGUGCACACUCAUUGGUGGAGACGAGAGAAGUAAAGACAAGAUGUUGAUAACAGCGUCUGCCUUCCACCUGCUCGGCUACGCAUCAGCCGUGGCUGCUUAUUGUUUAUACAUACACAGAGUGCUGGCAGCUUUCUUGCGCAGUGAAGCAGAUCCAUCAGAAGUGAGCUAUGAGAUUGGAGCCCCCCUCUACCUUGGCCUGGUGGGAUGUUUCCUUAUUCUUAGUGGCUCUACAGUUCACUGCUUAACUGCAUGCAGAGCUAACCACUGGAAAACAAAACAUCCUGUGGUUCCCCCUAUCAGUGUGAAAGGAGAACACACGUGCGGAAGGUCAAUAAUCCUCAGAAACGCCUCCACCUACCAGAUGGUGUCGGUUGUGGUUGUGUAACACUUCAGAUAGUUUUUUUAAUAAAUAAUAACACUUGUUUUGUAUAGAUUUCUAAAUAAUUUAUUUUGUAAAUAACACCUGUGUACCCGCCCCCUUAAUUUCACAAACAGUCCUGAGAACGUAAUCUAAUAAUGCCAAGUGUGUGAUUAUUGUUUUAAGUGUAUCCUUAUAUUAUAAGUCGAAUACCUAAUCAGCUAUGUAUUUAAAAUAAACAAUACAAAAAGGAA